AUGUUUGGACGCGGGCAUUGGUGUUUGACACUCACGUUUAGCAGUGUCGUAGGUCCUUUAAGUAUCCGUAGAUUUUGAAUGAAAAGGGAUAUUUUGGACUCUCGGGCAUUUCUAAAAGUUCUCCUCUAGGGACCACUUUAGCAGUGUCAGAACUCUUAAGUGAUCCUUAAGCACCGCCUGGAAACGUCCUGAUUGGUGUCACCGAGGUCCGGGAUUACAUCAGCUAGCGAGAUCUGAGCAAAGGCUGAAUCAUUUCAGAAAGUUUUUCAAGUGGAAACGCAAGCUUUUCUUGAUAGUGAUGAUAAUGAAAUUUUUGAAUUUGAAAUUUAAAAAUUUAGUUCCGAAACUCCGGUCGGACCUCGUCCGCUGCUGUCACCUUCUACCGUUACAAUCUGACGCUGCGGAAUGACGUAGUGAGGUCAGUUUUUCGAUUUUCUGAUUUUCCUGAACUCUGGAACUUUCUCCAGGUGUUCCCUGUGGAAAGGCGGCCUUUAUCGACGCCCACCACUACUCAUCAGAAGAAGAAAUUUUGGGAUCUCUCUCCAGUCAGCUGAAUGAAAAAUUAUGGCUUUUCAUUCUUUUAUCAAAAAUUGAAUGAAAAACCGUUGAGUGCUAGCUAGAAGAUAUGGGGAAUCAAAAUGGAAAGUUUUCUAGGGAUCAUUUUAGGAAGGUUUGACAAGACCACAAAAAAAAAAAAAAAACCAAAACCCACCCAAAAAACCACCAACAAAAAAAACAAAAAACACAACAAAAAACCCAACCAACAAAAAACACAACACACAACACACAACAAAAACCACACAAUCCCUGAGCACCACCGACUACCUUAGCGAUUCAAGUGGUCCUCCUAGAGCCUCGCAUGACCACUUGGUGCACAGAGCCACCUGCAAAACUCCAGAUGAAUUAUCCAAGGGAUCCCCAAAGCACUCACACUAUCUACUCGCUGCUGGUGGAGCUCUGAGUGUAGUGGCGUCGGAGCUCCUUCGCGGCUCUCUCGCCCCUGACGUGCGACCAUUUGACGCGUCCUUUUUCCGUCGCUUCUUCAAUCUGGCCGGGCUGCCAACUCGCGCGACGAUCGGCAACGAUCAUGCGCAAACUGAUGUAGAAGCUUUUCGAACAUGUGAAAAUGAUUUCUUUUGCUCUUCAGCUCGCAUUUGAGGAGCUGCCGAUUCAGAUAAUGAUUUUCGAUGCCUCCGCGCGCAAGUAG